CAUUAACCCCUUGAAUGCGUUAUGCAUCGCAGCAUCCACUCUUUUUAGUGCAUUGCCUAGCUAGCACUCCGUAGUAGCACCGGCUGAGGGAUAGAGUCGCCAUGGGGGGAGAAACCAAGGUCGAGGAGACCAAGGUGGUGGAGCUGAAGACGGCCGUGUACAAGGUGCACGUCCACUGCGGGCAAUGCGCUCGCGACAUCGAGACGCAGUUCACCGAGUUCCACGGGGUUCAGGAGGUGAAACUGGACGCGGGGUCAGGGAAGGUGACGGUGAGGGGCGUCGGGUUCGACGAGGAGAAGCUCAGGGUGAAGGUGUCCAAGGGAUGCAGGAGGAACGUCGAGUACAUACCUCCCCCACCUCCCCCUAAGGAGAUAAUCACCGAGGUCAAGAGCACGAAAGAGGAGAUCAAGAUCAUAACCGUGAAGGUUCCCUUGCACUGUCCGGACUGCGCAGUCAUGGUCAGAGAGAUCCUACUUGAGCACAAGCAUAUUUACGCUGCCAAGACGGACUUGGGCAAGAACACUUGUGUCAUUGAAGGCGUCAUCGAGGAGAAGAAGCUGACCAAGUACAUCUACCAGAGGACGCGCAAGCACUGCGUCAUCGACAAGGUGGAGACGACGGUGCGCAUCGUGGAGGAGACGGUCGUGGUGAAGAAGAAGAAAGAGGAGGUGGUCGAGAAGGUGGUCGAAGAGGUUGCAGAGGUUAUAGAGAAGAUCAAGGAGGUGGUGGCCCCCUACUUCCUCCCCUGCACGCACCCGCACUUCGCCGACUACUCGCACCCGUCGCACCGCUGCGGCGGCGACAGCUUCUCGCCGUGCGGUGGUGGUGGUGGUUACGGUUAUGGCCACGGGCACGGCUACGGUGGCGGUGGUGGUUAUUACGGUCAUGGCUACGAUGGUGGCUGUGGGUCAUACAGUACGUACUCUGAGCUCAGAGGGUACCAGGACACGUCCUUCUUGCAUUGCUCGCACCCUGUUGACUUCCUCAGUCACGACAACCCCAAUGGAUGCUCCGUCAUGUAGAGUGUUUGUAUUUUGUAGGCUAUUUAUGGCGAAUGUGUUGAAAUUCUAAAUAAGAACACCACUGAACUA